AGUCUCCUGCAAAGCCUUCUGAGAGAGGAAGGAAGGAAAGAAGUGUUUUGGCAACAUGGUGAGAGCUCCGUGCUGUGGGAUUGGUGUGAAGAAGGGGCCAUGGAGUCCGGAGGAGGACGAGGCUUUAGUAGGUUACAUCCAGAGAUGCGGCCACGGGAAUUGGCGUGCGCUGCCGAAGCAAGCCGGGCUUUCGAGGUGUGGGAAGAGUUGCAGGCUCCGGUGGAUGAACUACCUGCGGCCUGACAUCAAACGAGGAAACUUCUCCCUGGAGGAACAGGAGACCAUCAUCAGAUUGCACGAGACCUUUGGGAACAGGUGGUCUUCCAUUGCUGCCAGCCUACCUGGCAGAACGGACAACGAGAUCAAGAACGUGUGGCACACCCACCUGAAGAAGCUUGUCAGCCCCAACACUUCAUCCAGAGAACCCAAGAAGAAGAAGAAAGCAGGUGGUUCCCGGUCAAAGAAAGCGUCGGAGCCCAUAACCAUGCAGCUCGAUACAGACUCAGAGAACGCGAUGUUUGUGUCAGUGGUGUCAAAGGCGCAAUCAAAUAGCGACUUCUCGUCCUGUGGCACUGAUUCACCGACGGUGUCGAGAGAGAUCAGUGACGAUGCAAGGGGAAGCUUCUCCUCGGACGCAUUCCCGGAGAUCGACGAGAGCUUUUGGUUGGACGCAUUCUCAAUGGAUGACUCUGCCUCAUCCGUCGAUCUUCCGCCGGUCAGUGAGCUUUCCAACCUGUUGGUAUCAUCCGACAGUGACGACAUGGACUUUUGGCUGCAAGUUUUCGAGGGAGUUGGAGAUUUGCAGGAGCUGUCACGAAUCUAACAGAUAGUCCGAGUACUAAAAUUCAUCUGACAUCAAUUCUUUCAAGAACUGAACGGUUUGGUGGUGACCAACUGACAAUUCAAGAUAGAACGACAAGAACAGCAGCUCGAGAGGAUUUCUUUUGGAAGAAAAGAUUGAUUGG